AUGCAAGACAGGCAGCGGCACGAGAGGGCCAACUUUGGCCGGCAGCCCACCUGCAAGACUGGCCGCCGCUCUGCUGCCCAGGCAAGGUGCGCAAAGCACCAAGGGCGCGCCAGGCCGGAGCGCCAGGCAGGCCGAGCAGCGCGCAAGACGCGCACCGUCGCAGGCCCGGCUGCCUGGCGCCAGCUCGGCUCUUCGGGGCCCUUCUGGUUCUCCGAGAGCGCAGAGCAGCGAGGCCUCGGCGGGCCUGACGGCGGCCCCUUCCCGCUUCCCUUGGCGGCCGGGGUGAAGCCAGGCGAGGCGGCGUCCUCGGCUGACCCGGGUUCGGGCGAGGGCGGCUCUGGCGCGCCGAGGGGAGGCGCCUCGCCAGGGCCGGAGCUGCUGCUGCGGCCGCCGCUGCUCCAGACGCCGGCGCGGGACGCUCCCUCCAGCGCACCAGCAGAAGCCAGCAGGCCCGGCGAGGUCCGGCGCAAGGCGAAGGCCCCAGGGGGACGUGGUUCCUGCCCCGCGCCCCGCUUGCGCGCACCUCUCCGCCCGACCCUCCCGGCUGCGUCGAGGUGAGGCUGGGGGGGGGCCUGCGGGGGAGGCUGGGCAGGCUCAAGACAUUGAGACAAAGGGGAUGGCCGUGCGGGGGGGGGGACGUCGUGGGCUUGUGCGAGAGACGCCCCCCACCCCGCCUGCACCAAUUCUUUAUCCCAGCUCUUUUUCACUCGCGUUCACGCGAAGGUGGCUUGUUGCGGGGCGUCUCUCCGCGCAGGGCCUCAGCCGCUCUCAUUGGUGGUUUUAGGUGCCAGCAUGGAGAGCCUCUGAGCGCGUGCAGAGUGUACUUCGCGCCCGCCUCCCUGAACGAUCAACUACUCCUACCUGUAAUCUGCGGGGAAGAAAGGGUUUCCCAGGUCAGGAGAGGCGAGGGCUUCCACGCAGACUUGAGAUCAGCCAUCACACAUGCUCUGUAUUUCACGCACACAUUUUUUUUCCUUUAAAAAAUUGAAUUUUUUAUCUAUGCAGGGUACACAAUGAAUAUUUCUGAAACUGUAUGUAAGAUCGUUGUAAUACUGUUGGGCUUUGGAGGGUCCACCCCCAAUGUAAACAUGCAUAGUGUGUGCUGUUGCGGCUGCACAAGCAAUAUUGUAUUUGGGUACAUUAUUAUUAUUAUUAUUAUUAUUAUUUAUUAUUAUAUUUGCCUGUCUGACUGGGCUGUCCCAGACACUCUGGGCAGCUCCCAACAGAAUAUUAAAAACACAAUAAAUCACCAAACAUUAAAAACUUCCCUUCAGAUGGGCUCUAAAUAGGAGGCCAUGCAAGCUGUAGUGCAACAGGUGUUGCCAAUGGGCAGCUACCACCAGGACAGGUCUGUGGGGCAGGACUGAACAGAGUGAACAGAGGAGGGGCCUCCCUUACCACAUAUUGAAGUAAGUGAAGCAAUGUACAUUUCCAUCUAAAGGGUAUGCGCAUGCAAGACAAUUACAGUCCUGAGUCUAAACUUGCCUGCUUGCCCCACUGGGUGCUCCCCAGCCUCCCACAUGACAUGGCAAGGGAUUCUGGGGCACACCUUGAAUUAUGUGGGGCAGCAAAAUCUCCACGGUUGGCCUUCACAGUGUUGUGUUUGGAUACCUUUGGAGUCCUGCGCCUACAUACAUGGGUGAGAUUGUCAGCACAAUCCUAACCAUGUCUGCUCAGAAAUAAGUCCUGCUGAGUUCAUUGGGGCUUACUCCCAGGUAGGCGAGGUUAGAAUUGUCACCCAUGGAUGUGCAAGGCUUUGAGGAAGGCUGGCAGUAAGUGUAGUUGCUCUGCUUGUUCCACGUAACGGACCUAAUAUAGGGGGAUGUAAGAAAUAUCUUUCUGUUUGCUCCGCAGUUACGGUAUAUUCCUGACCUUGCACAGAACUCAGUGUAGUUCAAAAGCUUGCAUACUUCCUGUAUCUCCAAAAGAUAUGAAGUUUCAGAGCCACCUGUUACAGAAACCGGCAAUUUGUAAAGAUAAAGAGAGCCGUGCGAAUUCUUGUAUUAAUUAUUUAAUUAAACUGACACAUGACUUUAAACAGCGCUAUUCCCCCAAUAACUAUGGCACAGCUAGCUUGACUUCUUUCUUUCCCUUUCAUCCGACUCAAAACUGCUUCUUUUCUUUAACGUGCUUAGACAAAACUCUGGUUUCAGCCUCACCUCGACAAGGAAGUGUUGACACCUCCCAGCGAUUUGGCUUGGCGGUGGUUAGCGGCUGUCAUUCAAAGCAACCUUUUACCUGUCAAAACAAAGACCUAGAAAGAGAGGUGUAUCUUACAUAACCCAAAAGUGUGCUUUUUGCGCUCCUCAUAUAGUAGUUGUGUAGUAGAUGUGGGUGGGUGUUUUUUGUUGUUGGAGUUUUCCUGGUUGGUUUUUUUUUUUUUCUUGGAACAAACUGCGCGUUCUUCCCAGCCUUCCUCCUUUGGCAGGACGGCACAUGCAGUCCUGACCGUGGACUGGAAUGUUCCCAACAACUCGGGUAAAUGGGAGUUUUGUGGGAGGGAGGGAACUGUUAUGGCGGAGUGACCUAGUUAACAGCAUUGCCUAGAAGAGGGACAGAAGGAAGAAGGGAUUUGAGGUCACUGGCUCACUCCUUCAGCCCAGGAAGAGACAUACAAUGAAAUCCUAUGCAUGUCUGCUUAGAAGUAAGCCCCAUUUGAGCUCAGUCGGACUUAAUCCUGAAGCUCCACGCUGAGGAGGGGCUGGAGAUGGAUUACUUCUUGAUUGUUUUGGAAUAUGAUCUCCACCUAAAACAAUUGUAAUCUGUAGUGGGGGUUGUUUCCUGUUCCGCCACAUUUUUUCCUGGUGUAUUUUUAUAUACAGGAUGUUCUUUUCUUUUUUUUAAUAAUUUUUUUAUUGGCUUUUACACAUAUUUUCCAGCAUAACAUCCUUUCAAAUUUUUUGGCUAGCAUAGCCUAAGACUUCCUUCAACCUCUGAUGGUUUUCUAAAGUCUUUCUAAUUAUGCAUUUUGUUACUAUAAUUAUUGCUAUAAACUCAAAUUUCCAAUACAUCUAUUCCUAAUUCUUUUCACAAUAAUUUAUAAAUCACUCCUUACAAAACUUCUUUUAGCCCUACAAGCGAUGUCAAUUGGUUACAAUUGCUUUCCAAAUAUAUCGAAAAUUUCUUCCAUUCCUUUAGGAAAGUCUGCUCCUGCUGGUUCCGAAUUUUCCCUGUUAGUCUCGCCAUCUCAGCAUCAGAUUCUCUAGCCACUCUUCUUUAGUUGGUAUUUCUUCUUGUUUCCAUCUUUGGGCUAAUAGUAUCCUUGCUGCAUUUAUCGCAUAUAAAAACAUUUUUUUUAUCAUUCUUAUGAAUUUCUGUUGUUUUUUUUAAAAUAAUAUUUAUUGAUUUUCCAACCAUUUGAACACAAUAAAGCUGAAAAAACAAAAAAGGAAAAGAAAAAGCAAAGGAAAAAAAAGAAAAAACAUAAGAUUAACAAAACAAGACGCAAACCAUUUAAAACACAAAAACAAUUUCAAUAUCUUAACUUUCAUUCCCUUAUUUCCACGACCUCCUCACGCCUCCCUUUCUGUAUUCCACUUCUAUUAAUUGUUUCAGCAAUUCCUUUCCAUCUUCCUCUGUUUUCUAUCCUAUAAUUAUCUUAACAUAUUCUAAUCUUAUUUUUCCCUUUAAUACUCUAUUUCUAUUUAUACUUAAUUCCUUAUAACAUUUCUACUAAAGCCAUAUAACUUCAUUCCAACAUUUUUCUAACAUUCAUUAUUUUUACAAUAUUUCUAUACAUAGUCUUAAACUUUUUCCAGUUUUCUUCCAUCGAUUCUUCUCCCUGGUCUCGGAUUUUUGCCCGUUGUUUCCGCCAAUUCCAUAUAGUCCAUCAACUUCAUCUGCCAUUCUUCCCGGAUAGAUAAAUCUUGUGUCUUCUAGUACUUCACAAUAAGUAUUCUUGCUGCUAUUGUUGCAUACAUGAAACAAAUUCUAUCCUUCUUUGACACCAAUUGGCCGACCAUGCCCAGGAGAAAGGCCUCUGGUUUCUUCAAAAGGGUAUAUUUAAAUACCUUUUUCAUUUCGUUAUGAAUCAUCUCCCAUUCUUAUGAAUUUCUGUACCCACCAUACCCAAUAGAAGGGCUUCUGGUUUUUUAACAAAUGUAUAUUUCAACAUUUUUUUAAUCUCAUUAUAAAUCAUUCCCCAGAAGUCCUUUCUUAUAUUCCCACCACAUAUGGUAAAAGGCACCCUUAUAUACAGUAUGUUCAGUGUGGUGUAGUGCCUAGCAUUUGGGGCACAGAAGGAGAUCUGGGUUCAAAAUGGUCAUGAAAUUCACUGGGACACAUUGGGUCAGAUGCACAAGCACACACAAGCACAUUAUCCAUGCCCAAGGGCAUUUUUUCUAGGGUUACUCAAGGGUACCCAGUACUUGCACCUUUCACCCCCAAAAUGUGAAAAGUGUAGCACUUACUGUAACAACCUCAUGGCGAGUACGGCACCCUUUUUCCUUUUUAAAAAAGCAUGUAACCCAGUGUUUCCCAGCCUUGAGUCUCCAGCUGUUUACAAUUCCCAUCAUCCCUGCCCACUGGUCCUGCUAGCUAGGGAUUAUGGGAGUUGUAGUCCAAAAAGAGCUAGAGCCCCAGGGUUGGAGAACACUGAUGUAACCUAUCCUUCUAAUACCACUACAGUGGUACCUCGGGUUACAUAUGCUUCAGGUUACAGACUCCGUUAACGGAGGGGCUGGGGAGCUGCUGCCAGUCAAUGUAGACAGUACUGUGCCAGAUGGAGCCAUGGUCUGACUCUGUAUAAGGCAGCUUCCUGUCUUCCAUGUAUCAUCCAUCUGGAAAAUGGUAUUUCCCUCCUGUGGGUCUCAGACGCUGGAUUGUCCUUGCUUACAAACAGCCUUGAUCUAAAACAACUACAGGCCACUUAACAAAAAACAGGGACCAGACCCAGCAAUAAACCCAAAUGCCGAUUCUAUCCCCCUAUCCACUCUGGCAACACCAUUUUAAAAAAAUAUUUGGGAAGGACUGCAGCUGGGUGGGAGAGCUCAUGCUUUGCAUGCCACCCCCAGCAUCUGCAGGUAGAACUGGGGGGAAAGGCUCCUGCUCCAAGAGUUGCAUGGAACAAUUGUCCAAUUUGUCUGAUGCUCCUGAUGAUGUGGCCUUGACUCUACACAAGCUCCCCCCGACCCCAAUCUGUUAAAUCCCAUCCAGACUGCCUUUUGUCCCACAUUUCUAGGCACAGGUCCAGGCUUUAAAACUCCGUGUCCAAGUGGUGGGGUUUUUGUUUUUGUUUUUUCCUGGCACUUUCCCCAGGAAAACCCACAUGUUACUGCAGAAUCAGAGCAAAGGGCAAUUGGGUUUUCCGCAGACCUGUGCCGGAAAAGCGUGGCACAAAAGGAAGUCUCGAUGAGCCCCAAAGUCGCCACUGACUUGCUUCAGAUUUGGGGUGCAAGCUCGACUUCCGCCUCUGUCCUUUAAAAGUUCACCUUUUUUUAGCAGUAAUACUCGGCGCUUACAUUACAUUGGCACCCUCUGACCAGUCACAUGUGCUCCCUUGUGGUUCUUCUAACAACUACAUAAGGUAGACAUGGGUUUUUAUCUCCAGAAUGCAGAUGGAUGAGCUCUUGGCAGGUGCAAGGUUCAAACUGGGGACGUCUUGAUUUUGUAGCUGUCUCUUAGUAUUGCCAAGUAUUUCUCCAGAACAGAAUAUAUUAGUGUGUUUGAACUCCUGCUUAUCAAGUCUCUUUUGGAUCUCAGCAACGCAUCUCUGAAAACAAAUCAUAAAUAGCAGUCUGCCUUAUUACAUGACUGUUGUAAGGAUAAAUGUAGAUUGCGUAGCUAAAAAGAGCUUUAGGAAUGACUAAUAAUAUUGACAUUUCCAGCCUCUUUGGCACUGCCUUACAUAUGUGUGGGUUUGUUCAAACACUAAGCAACCUCUUGGCAAUGUUAACUCUUGCUGUGAUUCUGGGCAACCUACAGAGGUCACGGUUGGACCUUUGAAAAGGUUCCUUCUGCCCCAAGGUCGUCUUUAUUUCCCAGGUGCACACAUUGAGAGAAAACAGUCCUAGCAUGCUCUCAACCACUUGCUCUCCUUUCUUCCCACCCCACAGACUUUGA